AUGGAUAAUCGUGAUGAAUGUUUGGCCAACAGUCAGACAGAGCACGACUUGCGAUUUUUUAACGUCUAUACAAAUAUUAUACAAGGAAAAAUAAAGGUAUUUACUUAUACUUAUGACAAUUGUACACGACCUACUGACCUAAUACCGCCACCAAACCGAGUUCGGCGGGCUGUUGGCCGUCUGCGCGCGCGUCGCCAGUGCUACCGGGCCGAGUACGACGCGCACACGUCACGACACACAGAUAGACAAGCAAACAUGAGGAGUAGUGCACAGUUCGCGAUUCUAUUCGCCUGCGUGGCUUACGCCAGCGCCGGCAUCCUCUUGGAGCAUGCACCUGCGUGCCCUGAGCAGUAUGGAGUUCAGGCAUACGCGCAUCCCGAGCUCUGCGACCAGUUCUUCCUGUGCACCAAUGGCACCCUGACUGUGGAGACCUGUGAGAAUGGCCUGCUGUUCGACGGCAAGGGCGCCGUGCACAACCACUGCAACUACCACUGGGCUGUCGACUGUGGCACCAGGAAGGCUGAUUUGACUCCUCUCUCGACUCCCGGCUGCGAGUACCAGUUCGGCAUCUACCCUGACAGCAACGAGUGUUCCACCAGCUACAUUAAGUGUGCCUACGGUAUCCCCCAGCAGGAACCCUGCACCCCUGGUCUGGUCUACGACGAGCGCAUCCACGGCUGCAACUGGCCUGAUCUCCUCCAGCCUUUCUGUAACCCUGAAGCUGUCGUCGGUUUCAAAUGCCCAACUAAAGUGCCAGCAAACUCACAAGCCGCCAAGUUCUGGCCAUUCCCGCGUUUCCCUGUCCCUGGAGACUGCCACAGGCUCAUCACAUGCGUGGAAGGCCACCCUCGUCUCAUCAGCUGUGGAGAAGACAAGGUCUUUGAUGACCAGAGCCUGACUUGCGAAGACCCAGAACUGGUCCCUCACUGCGGACAUGCGUGAGAGGAUUCAAGGAAAUUUGUAUCAUAAGACGAAAACGAUAGGGAAGAAAAUAGGAUAAUUAAAAGGGUUGGAGCAUUGGUUGUGUAAGAAUUGUAAUUAAUAUUACUCAGAAAGUAAAAAUGUUUACGAAAUGAGUAAUAUUACUUACUUCAUCGUCCGUUAAGUAACGUCAAGUAAAAUUCUGUAAAUAAUAAUUACACCUACCACGACCAUUUUUGCUUUUGGUCUUCGUAUUUGGUUUCACUUAUCGACAAAAC